CGUCUCUGCAGGCGGCCAUCCUACAAAACCACCUCCGGUCCUCCAGCCUCCUCCUUCCCUCCAUAGUACCGACCUAACUUGCUUGCUUGCACGUAAUUCACCAGGGGUAGCUAGAUUACAUAUAUACCAUGGUGGAGUCCAAGGCGGCGGCUGUGCAGGAGCUCCGGGCGAGGUUCGCGGCGGGGCGGACGAGGCCGGCGGAGUGGCGGGCGGCGCAGCUGCGAGGGGUUCUGCGGAUGGCGACGGAGAUGGAGGCGGAGAUAUGCGAUGCCCUCCACGCCGACCUCGGCAAGCCCAAGACCGAAGCACACGUCCACGAAAUAUCUCUGGUCAAGUCGUCAUGCUUGUUUGCCUUGAAGAAUCUGAAGAAAUGGAUGAAACCCCAGAAGGUUCCUGCAAAGCUCAUGAAUUUUCCCUCGACGGCGAGGAUUACGCCGGAGCCCCUCGGGGUGGUGCUCGUCAUCUCUGCCUGGAACUACCCUAUCUUGCUGUCCCUGGACCCGAUCAUCGGUGCGAUCGCCGCCGGCAACACCGUUGCCCUGAAGCCGUCUGAGGUUGCACCAGCCACGUCGUCGCUGCUGGCCGAGCUGCUGCCACGGUUCGUCGACGGCACCUGCAUCAAGGUCAUCGAGGGCGGCGUCGAGGAGACCACCGCGCUCCUAAACCACAAGUGGGACAAAAUCUUCUACACGGGCAAUAGUAGAGUCGGACGCAUCGUGAUGGCCUUGGCGGCGAAGCAUCUGACGCCGGUCGCCUUGGAGCUGGGCGGCAAAUGCCCGGUGGUUGUGGAUUCAAACGUCGAUCUCCACAUUGCUGCUAAGAGGAUCGCUGCUGGCAAGUGGGGUUGCAACAAUGGCCAGGCCUGCAUUGCUCCUGAUUUCAUCAUAACCACGCAGACUUUGGCCCCAAAGCUGGUUGAGUCUUUGAAGAAAGUUUUGGACAAGUUCUACGGAAAGGAUCCACUUCUAUCGGCAGACUUGUCCCGCGUCGUGAAUGUCGACCAUUUCAACAGGCUCAAGGGCUUGAUGGACGAAGAGAUGGUCUCCGACAAGAUCGUGUUUGGCGGUCAGAGGGAUGAACAGCAGCUGAAGAUUGCCCCUACAAUAUUCCUAGAUGUCCCUCUCGAUUCUGCCAUCAUGAAGGAGGAAAUAUUCGGGCCCUUGCUUCCGAUCAUCACGGUCAGAGCCAACUCUCUCUCAGAUUCGGAGAAUUUUACUUCAUUUUUUACCCAUAAAAAGCCCUUGCUUCCGAUCAUCACGGUUGACAAGAUCCAUGAAAGCUUUGGUCUCAUCAACUCAAUGGCUAAGCCACUUGCAGCUUACCUCUUUACCAGGAACAAUGAGCUCCAGGACCAGUUCGAGGGGGCCAUUUCUGCAGGAGGAAUGCUCUUCAACGACACCAGCAUACAUCUCACAAACCCAUACCUGCCAUUUGGAGGAGUUGGAGAGAGCGGCACAGGCGCCUACCAUGGGAAGUUCAGCUUUGAUGCUUUCAGCCACAGGAAGGCAGUCAUGAACCGAGGCUUCAUCGGGGAGGCCAGGGCUAGGUACCCGCCCUACUCGGCAACAAAGCUCGAGAUCCUCAAAGGCGUGCUUGAAGGCAAGCUGGGAGAUAUGAUUCAGGCUAUCCUGGGGUUUCCAAGAGGGAAAUGAGCUCACCUCUUCAGGAUGGUAUAUUGUAGACCAAACAAAAUAUCCCCCAGUGUGUUUGCUAUCGCUAAGGGGCAACAGCCUGAUAGUAUUAUUUUAUCACCUCUUCAGGAUGGUAUAUUGUAGACCAAACAAAAUAUCCCAGUGUGUUUGCUAUCGCAAAGGGGCAACAGCCUGAUAGUAUUAUUUUAUAUUUGAUCACAUUUGAAGUGCCAAACAACAUGUGUAAGUAUCAUAAAUGAAACGGUUAUUUAGUCCUA